CCGCCCGCCGGUGCGAGGUCCCGCCGCCCCCGCACUCCGCCCGCGCCCCCCGGUCCGGUCCGGUCGCCGCCGACCGAGGCCGCCGCGGCCGCAAUGGGCGCCUACUUGUCGCAGCCCAACACGGUGAAGAGCUCUGGGGACGGCGCUGGGCUCGGGCCGCGCCCGCUGCACUUCGGGUUCAGCGCCAUGCAGGGAUGGCGCGUCUCUAUGGAGGAUGCCCACAACUGCAUUCCCGAGCUGGACAGUGAAACAGCCAUGUUCUCUGUCUACGAUGGACAUGGAGGAGAAGAAGUUGCCCUGUAUUGUGCCAAGUACCUGCCUGAGAUCAUCAAAGACCAGAAGGCCUACAAAGAAGGCAAACUGCAAAAGGCCCUGGAAGAUGCAUUCUUGGCCAUUGAUGCCAAGCUCACCACAGAGGAGGUGAUUAAGGAGCUCUCUCAAAUGGCUGGGCGGCCACAGGAUGAUGAAGAUGAGAAGGAGAAAGUUGCUGAUGAAGAUGAUGUGGAUAAUGAGGAAGCUGCUCUUCUGCACGAAGAAGCCACAAUGACCAUUGAGGAGCUUCUCACACGUUAUGGACAAAACUGCACCAAGAACCUUAAAGCCAAGUCUGUAGCUGCAGCUGGGGAUAACGCUGUGGAGGGGACAGGCAAGCAGCAUGAUGGGGAGUCAAAUAUGAAUGGAGAGGCUGACCCAGGGGAGCUUCCUGACCACAAGGAGAGGAAGAACGGGAAGCCAGACGAAGAAAUCACGGGUAUUUCCUCCACCUCAGACAAAGCCAGCGCUGGAGGCAACAGCCCUGCUCUGCAGAAGCCUGAACUAGGCAAAGGUGACGAGGCCGUCACCUCUUCUACUGGGGAGGCCGGGCCCUCCUGCUCCUCUACGGGAAAGCCCCAGCGCACAACCAAAUCCAAAUUUUUUGAGGACAGUGAGGAUGAGUCAGAUGAGGUUGAGGAAGAGGAGGAAGACAGUGAGGAAUGCAGUGAGGAUGAGGAUGGUUACAGCAGUGAAGAGGCAGAGAAUGAAGAUGAUGAAGAUGACACUGAAGAAGCAGAGGAGGAUGAGGAUGAAGAGGAAGAAAUGUUGUUGCCCGGCAUGGAGGGGAAAGAGGAGCCUGGCUCGGACAGCGGGACUACCGCUGUUGUGGCGCUGAUCCGGGGCAAGCAGCUGAUUGUGGCCAAUGCUGGGGACUCGCGCUGUGUCGUGUCGGAGGGUGGCAAGGCUGUCGACAUGUCGUACGACCACAAGCCAGAGGAUGAGGUGGAGCUGGCCAGGAUAAAGAAUGCUGGUGGCAAGGUCACCAUGGACGGAAGGGUGAACGGCGGCCUCAACCUCUCCAGGGCCAUUGGGGAUCACUUCUACAAGCGGAACAAGAACCUCCCUCCAGAAGAGCAGAUGAUCUCUGCCUUGCCUGACAUCAAAGUGCUGACAAUAAACGAUGACCACGACUUCAUGGUCAUUGCCUGUGAUGGAAUCUGGAAUGUGAUGAGCAGCCAGGAAGUGGUGGAUUUCAUCCAGUCAAAGAUCACCCAGAAGGAUGAGAAUGGAGUCCUGCGGCCACUCUCCUCAAUUGUAGAAGAGCUGCUGGAUCAGUGCUUGGCUCCAGACACCUCAGGGGAUGGCACCGGCUGCGAUAACAUGACCUGCAUCAUUAUCAGCUUCAAACCCCGUAACACACACCCACCUGCUGAGAGUGGGAAGCGGAAACUGGGGGAGGCAGCAGCACCAGCGGAGGAGAACGGUGGGGACAGCACCAAGAAGGCCAAACUGGAGUAGCAGUGCCCACCUGGGGACUGGGCUGUGCUCACCAGACUCUCGUUUCUUACCCAUGCUGAACUCAAGACUCCAAGUCUUGUCCUUUUUUUAGCCUUAGCAGAGGC